AUGUUUUCGCUGCAAUCCAACUUUAACCGCACUUUCGAAAAUGAUCAUCAAGGGUAUUAUAACUAUGAUGACAAUGAGGUGUUUGGGGCUGACUACCUUGGUUCCCGCAGCCAACAACAUUACUACAGCAACUACCAUUUCAAAUCCAGAUUAGCUUCCCAAAAUCCCUCACUUUACACCAAUGGCCACUACGACUUCGUGAAAGCUUUAAAUGCAGAUAAAGAUAUUAAGACUUUCAUGAGCUUUCAGACUCCUCAAAAGCUUAAAUUGACCUGCAGUUAUCACAAUUGCCCAGAUUCAGAUAUCAGAUUCAGUAGUUACAUUGAUUUAGCCGAGCAUAUGAACAAACAUUCCAUAGAAAGUGAUUUCAAACCAGAGAUAUAUUGCGAUGGUAACCAUAGCUAUUGCAACAAUUGCCCAUUCACUGUUCUUGGAUUCUCUAAAGAAAGCGAAAAAAAGGAACACAAACAACAAAGGUUAUGUUUGGAUUGUAAAAUUCUUUUCAGUAGAGUGGAUAACUUAAAAACCCACAUUACUGCCAAGAAUGGCAAACCAAGUCCUUGCAAAAGAAAACUUAUGAAAAAAAAUUCUUCAGGUUCCAGCAGAAAAUUUAAAGCUGGUCCAGCCAAGAAAUCUAAUUCCGCCUCACCAUUGCGCUCUGGAUCUCCAAAACGGAAGAAGCUUCUCAUGGAGCAUGGCCAAGGAUUGCAUUCCUUACAACCAAAGUCAGAAAGCUUGAUUUCCUCCGCCUAUUCUAAAGAUAGUGGUUCUGUUGACUCGCUAAAUGCAUUCGAUAGCAUUGCAGACUCGCCAACUCCUGUUGGCUUAAAUUUCACAUACAGCAAUUAUCAACCUUCAGUUUUUCCCUUGGUCGAUGAUGGUUUUGAUUAUCCAAUCUCAACUAAUCCGCAUUUCUCUCAUCAAGAUGGAAUCACGGCUAUUCCUGCAAACUUUCUGCUGUCGCUUCAGCUCAACCAUUUGCCUAAUCAAGGUCUGCUCCCAUCUCUAGAUAAUUUGCCUUACAAGUUCGACAGUUUUGCCAGUCCUCAAAUUUAUUCCCAGGGCCACUUCAUUUCGAAUCAUUCUGAUUUCUCUGAUAUUACGGGGCUGACAACCACUCCUGUGUUUACCCCUAAUGACAGCUUCAAAAUUAAAGAAGAGCCAGUUGAAUCACUUUAUGAAUACCAAACCAUUGAGUAUAAACCUGAGGAGGUUAACUGGAGCAAAAUAUGA